GAACACCACCGCGAAAGCGAGGAAUAACGAAGCAAGCACGGCACCCCGAAGGAAAUGGCCACGCGGCCCCUCGCCUCCGCGCUCACCCUCUCCAAAACCCCACGCGCCCCCUCCUCCGGCUCCCACCACUCCCCACCUGCCCUCGUCCGCCGCCUCCAAACCCUAACCCGCGCGCUCGCGUCCUCGUCUCCCCAAGCCAUGGCGUCGCCUCCCGCCCCCAAGAAGGUGCUGGUCCCCAUCGCGAACGGGACUGAGCCGAUGGAGGCGGUCAUCACCAUCGACGUGCUCCGGCGCGCCGGGGCCGACGUCGCCGUCGCAUCCGUCGAGCCGGGGUCCGCGACCAUCGCGGCGGCGUGGGGCGUCAAGCUCGCCGCCGACGCGCUCCUCGCUGACAUCGCCGACGCCGAAUUCGACCUCAUCUCUCUCCCCGGAGGGAUGCCUGGGGCUUCCACUUUAAGAGACUGCAAACUUUUGGAGAAUGUGGUUAGAAAACAUGUAGAGAAGGGCAAGCUUUAUGCUGCGAUAUGUGCUGCACCAGCUGUGGCUCUAGGAGCUUGGGGUUUGCUCAAUGGCUUAAAGGCAACAUGUUACCCUUCAUUCAUGGAUAAACUUCCUUCAGAGGUGCAUGCUGUGGAAUCAAGGGUGCAGAUUGAUGGGAAGUGUGUGACCAGCCGUGGGCCAGGAACGGCCAUGGAGUAUUCUGUUGUUUUGGUUGAGCAACUAUAUGGGAAGGAAAAGGCUGAAGAAGUUGCUGGUCCGAUGGUUAUGCGUCCUCAGCAUGGUGUUGAAUUCUCUAUGAAAGAGCUGAAUUCAAUUAGUUGGAAUGUUGGUGAAACACCUAAUAUUCUUGUACCAAUUGCUAAUGGGACAGAGGAGAUGGAGGCAACUAUGAUCAUUGACAUUCUGCGCAGGGCGAAAGCAAAUGUUGUGGUUGCCUCGUUGGAAGACAAGUUGGAGAUUGUUGCAUCCCGGAAAGUUAAGAUGGUUGCUGAUGUGCUGUUGGAUGAUGCUCUUAAGCAGCAAUAUGAUCUCAUUCUGCUACCUGGUGGUCUUGGUGGUGCUGAAGCUUAUGCAAAAUCUGAUACAUUGAUGGGUCUGAUCAAGAAGCAAGCUGAGGCAAACAAAUUGUAUGGCGCUAUAUGUGCCUCUCCUGCGAUUGCACUUGAACCACAUGGCCUCCUAAAGGGAAAGAAGGCUACAUCGUAUCCUGCUAUGUGGAACAAACUUGCAGACCAAAGCGAGUGCAAGAACAGAGUUCUUGUCGACAGCAACCUGAUCACAAGCCAAGGUCCAGGCACUUCAAUGGAAUUCUCGCUUGCCAUUGUGGAGAAACUCUUUGGCCGCGAGAGGGCCCUUGAGCUUGCCAAAACCAUGGUUUUUGUUUGAGUUCAGUUACUUCAGUUGGUAUGUAUUAGGUUCCUGGAGUACGAACUUUUUGUGAAUAUGAGGCAUGGUAUGUUUUCCCCUUGUGUUGAAUGUACUUUAGUGCCCUUUUUAGCUACAAUAACGUGACACCUUGUAAUGAGUUUAAUAUGCAAUAAAGUUGAGGCAAACAUACUUUGUAUGAAAA